UGCUUUUCGUUAGUUCAGUUAGUUAGUUAGUGCUUUUGGCAGUUCACAAAUUUUGUCAAGGGUGCGUUCCAAAAUCUUACCCGGGCGAAGUAGCAUUUAGUUGACCAAUCAGGACAAAGAGAUCUUUAUUUCUUUUAUCCUGAUUGGUCAAUGAAACGCUACGUUACCUUAGGGGUAGAAUUUCCGAACGCACCCCAUCAUACUCCGGUGAAAGUAUACAUAUGUAUGUAUAUAUAUUCAUGCGGUUUUGUUAUCGCGGUCCCUGCGAGUUAUCUGUCAUUUCUAAUGUUGGUCGUCGAUCGCGAAUUAUCCGUAAAUCGGCCGGAAAAUAUCAUUAUAGCCUAAACGUCACAACGGGAUAAAUCACAUCGCGACCCAUCACACCCAUCCGCUGCAUCAUUCCGCGUAGAUCCGCUUUAUACAAGAAGUGUAUCAACACUCCACCCACGAGUGCAGUCGCAGUUAUUCGCGGAAUAAUGUAUUCGCAAUUGUCAAGACGUUUGUAAGAUACCGCGUGCAUCCAGGGCGAUAUUUCACACGUGCGUAAUUCGUUUGAACAUGUCUUCGCGACGGAAUGAUGAGCAGAAAGUAACUGGUUCGAAUUCGGAGUUUAUAUAUAUAUUCCAGAAGCUUCAGCUUCAUCAACUGAGUAUUAGUAUCGGGAAAGCUGUAAAUGCAACGGAAACCCCUGUGAAAGAAAAACAUGUGCGAAGUGCAAUUAUUGGUACAUAUCGAGAAAAAAGCGGCUCCAUUUUCUGGACAUAUAUGUUGAGACAACCAUUACAAGAGAAUCAGAUUGUUGCAUGGAAAUUUUGUCAUGUUUUGCACAAAGUAUUACGUGAGGGACAUCCCCGGGUUAUUGUCGAUUCUCAGCGAUAUCGUGGCAAGUUAGAAGAUAUUGGGAAAUUGUGGCAACACCUUAGAGAGGGCUAUGGGCGUCUCAUACAAUUGUAUACAAGACUAUUAAUCACUAAAUUAGAUUAUCACAAACGGAAUCCGCGCUUACCUGGAAAUUUGCAAGUAACGCCAGAGGAAUUAGAGGCGAUUGGAGAAAAUGAUAUUAAUGUAUACUUCCAGAUGUCUGUUGAGAUGUUCGAUUACAUGGAUGACAUCCUGAAUUUACAGCAUGCAGUCUUCGGCUCAUUGGACUUGUCGCGAUCCAAUUCGAUGACACCUUGCGGACAAUGUCGACUCGCACCUUUGAUCCCGUGUAUUCAGGACGCUUCGCAGCUGUACGAUUGUUGCGUGAAAAUCUUGUUUAAACUUCACGGCGCCCUCCCGGCGGACACGUUGACCGGACAUCGCGAUAGGUUUUCGAAGCAGUUUCACGAGUUGAAGAGCUUUUACAAUACCAUCAAACAUAUGCAGUAUUUUAAACAUUUAAUAGCGAUUCCGUCAUUACCCGAGAACCCACCUAACUUUUUGAUACAAGCCGAACUAAGAACGUAUGUCACGCCGAUAGUGGUACUUCCACCCGAAGAAUCCAUAGACAACGAGACUGCCAUAGAGAACCUUAUUGAUACGUCUGAUACGGGAUCUUUCACGGGCGAUCAAUUAGAUUCUACGAAUACAAGAAACGGCUCGAUAUCACCUGACGCUCUUGCGGAAAGAGACAGUCUUAUUGAUCAUCUGUAUCAAGUAAAUGGUCGCCAAAGGCAAGAAAUAAAUCGGUUUUUAAUAGAGCAUCAACAAAUAAUCGCAGAUCUUAGAAGUCGCGUUUUAGAACUGGAAUCAACACUGUCUUCUAAGAGCAAUGAAAUCGUAACAGAGAAACAAACUUGUCAAAAACUAAUGAAGGAAAAUUUGAUUAUAUUAGAAAGAUUUCAAGAAAUAGAAGGUUGGUAA